AUGCCUACUAAACUACCUCAGUCGUUUUCCUGCAUACAGAUAAUAACACCCAGAUCUUCACCAAUUCCAUCUGAUGGGCCCUAUCCUGCAUUUAUUUCCACUUCCGAAUUUGAUCCUGUUCUAUAUAGGGAAGAAUUGAUACGAAAGGCUUAUUUAACAAAGUUUCCGUUAUACACUGAACGCCCCGACUACCUUAUUACAGUUGGGAGAGGUCAUAAAACUUGUUCUACCAUUAGUGUUGAAGUCAAAGGCCAGGAAGACAAAAGUGGUCGAAGUCGAAUGCCAGCAGCAUUUGCAGGAAUAACAUGCACCAUUGUUUUUUUAUUUAUUCUUAUGCUAUAUUUUUACAUGAGUGGUUUUGUGCAAUUUUAA